CUUGAAUAUCAUUCAUCCUUCAUAGUAGGCUUCUGAUCUGGAUUCCUACUCUAUUUGAGCCAUUCUUUUUCAUCCAAAUCAUUCCAGUGCAUUACGUGCGAGUCAUCGCCAAGAUGCAGAAGGAAAAGCUGGUCUAUAAUUGGUAUGCCGCUAUGGUAGCGGCAGGGUGUAUGGUUCUAUACGGUUUCGAUGCUGCGAUCUUCAAUAAUGUCCAAAUCAACAAGCAAUGGCUCGCUUGGUUCAACAACCCAUCUGGAGAACUCUUUGGCCUGGUUAACACGACGUAUUCCAUUGGUGCUAUCAUUUCUGGAUGGUUCAUAGCUGGCCCAACUGCGGAUUAUCUUGGUCGAAGGUGGGCUAUGGGAAUUGGGUGUUUUAUCACCAUUAUUGCUUCAUUCGUUCAGGCAUUUUCUCCAUACCAUGGCAUUGGUGUCUUUAUCUUCGGUCGUGUUUUGAUCGGCAUAGGCCAAGGAAUUGCCCUGACGGCUGGUCCUGUCUACAUCGGAGAAAUUACACCUUCUGAGAUUCGCGGUACUGUCAUGGCAUUUUGGCAGCUGUUCUACUCCGUCGGCUCCUUUAUUGCGUAUUGGGUCAACUACGCUUGUGGCAAGCACACGGCGACCCUUGGAAACUGGUCCUGGAAGAUGGUCAUUGUAUUCCAGAUCUUAGUUCCCAUCAUCAUCAUAGUCCAGCUACCCUUCCUCCCCGAAACGCCACGUUGGUACAUCCAACGCGGAAACAAGGUCGAGGCCGCCACCGCUUCCCUUCGACGGGUUCGCGAUAGCGAGCAGGAGGUACAGGACGAGCUUCUGGCAAUCCGCGAAGCCAUCGUAUUCGAGAAGGAGGUCAUCUCAGGCAAUUAUUGGGCAUUGUGGAAAGAUCCAACUGUUCGAAAACGAUUGCUAAUCGCUUUCGUGCUCAAUAUGGGCCAGCAGCUUACUGGGCAGGGUACUUUGAACUCCUAUUCGUCAACCAUCUAUAAAAAAGUUUGGACCAGCACCAACACAAUCAACCUCAUCAACGCAUUGAAUGCUACAUUCGGUAUUUUAUUUACCCUUAACGCCGUUUGGACUGUCGACAGGUUCGGAAGAAGAUUUCUGUUCAUGGUGGGUGGAAUCGGUAUGGCAUGUUGUAUGCUGAUGGUUGCCCUCGUUGGCUUGGAGACACCAAAUCUUAAAGGAGGUGGAAAAUCCGAGCCGGUUGGCAUCGCCAUCGUCUUCGGGCUUUUCUUGUUCAUCUUUUUCUACAAGCCUUCAUGGGGAGCUACGACUUGGAUUUGGACUGCCGAAGUCUUCUCUAUGAACGUGCGAUCCCAGGCCGUCGGCAUGUGCUCUCAGAUGCAAAACGUGGCGCAGGUUAUCUUCAAUCAAUUCUUCCCGACAUUCUACCAAAAUUGCGGGCUGAAAUCGUUCUUCUUCUUCAUGAGUGCGAAUGUCGUCCUGGUUAUCUUUGUCUGGUUCUUCGUCCCCGAGACCAAGAAGGUUUCCUUGGAGGAGAUUGAUGUACUCUUUGGUGGUCAAAAUCACAUUGAGAAGGGCGGUGAUUUGCUUAAUGUCGACGAUCCUCGCCAUGCUGCAAUAUCGCUCGAUGACGAUGGACUGAAAUCCGGGACUGAAAUCACUCACGUGGAGCAACCAACUCAAGAGAUCCGUGAGCAUUAAACCAUGCGGGUUUUGUUGUAAAAUUCAGAAAGACUGUAUGUUGUGGUUGGUGGAACCGGGGCUGGUUUCUCUUCAAGUCAAUUCGAUGGUCUUCACUACGAUCCGUUGCGACGUGCAUCAUUGUGUUAAUUAAAUUUAUUUUCUAGGAGAGAGCAUCAGGAAUGGACGAAGAAUUCUGUAUAAUAUGAGAGGGGCAUGAGCACCUCAGAGAUGUCGUCGCUCAUAGUUUCACUGGGCAUUUUAGCUUCGUGUUGCCUCCCCUUAAGCAUGCUCGCUAAGGUUGUCACAUCAACAUGAGGGACUCUCUGUCCCCUUUUGACUCCCUCGCUAGCCCACUUUUCCCCUCGG